AUGGAAAAACCAAUAUCAAAAGAGAAAGAGAAUACACCUCCAAACAGUCCUAAACCAGUUAUUAAACCAAGUAGUUCUGUUUCAAAAAUAAAAGGAAUACAGAAGGAAGAUUAUAAGAAUCAUUUACAAGCAACAAAUUCUGAACCACUUUUUGAUCUUAAAAGUGAUAAACCGAUUUAUUCUAAUAAUUUCAAAACGAAUGAAAUGACAAGGAUUGUAAAUUUUAAUUCUUCUGAAAUAAAUAAACUUACAUCUCAUUCACUGUCUGAAAAUAAUAAUGAAUCAGGUGCUACUUCUGCUUCAAUAUCAGGAGUAGGAAAUAUUACCAUCGAACAUUCAGAGGUUGAUAAUUUUAAUCUCAUGAGCAAGUUAAAUGUUCUUUCUAAUAAUUCAAUGGCAGAUAUUAAUAGUACAACUAUCGUCAUAGACCAAGUUUUACCUGUAAUCUCUGCAUCAAAUUUAUUGCGUGAUUCAGGCCCAAUAACCAGUAUUUGCAUAAAUUUUGAGUGUCAAUCUCGAUUAUUAAAAGCAGAAGAGACGAUUUCAAAUUUAACCAGAUUGUUAAAUCAACAAUUCAACAUUGUUGAUGAACAACGAAUUGAACUGAGAUACGAAAAGGAGAGAAAUUCUGAACUGCAGUUAAAAAUGGAGAACAGUUUCGACGAAUUUCAAGCAAGAAUUUUAGACUCCAAAGAAAACUCUCGAUUAUCGUCGCAUCCUCCUAUUGGAUUUAUCCGUUCUUCCGACGAUCACAUUCAUCUUGGUGGAGGCGUGUGGCUGCCUAGAUAUAAAUACAAUGAAGCAAACGUUUUAGAUUCGACUUCCUUGUUUGUAAAAUUAUUAUGUGACAUGCUCUUUACACAAGAAGAAUUAUUAAACUCAACCGUUACAGGAAAACUGAUCAAUAGACAAAAAGUUUCUCAGAAAGAAAUUCAAAAAUUGGAUCCGACAAGAGUUUUAGCCAUAAAAGAUAUAACAAGAUAUUGGUUAGAAGCAUUGAAGUGUUCAGCUGAAGUUGUUGAUGAAGAGGUCGCGAAGGUGAAACCAUAUAUUUCGGCCAAAAUUGCAGAAUUGCACAGAGCUCCAGGUUCAAGUAUGUGAAAAUCUAAUAAUUUCUUCGGGUAAGCGUACCAUUGACCGAGGUUAAGUUAUUUGUGAAUACAAUAUUAAUAUAUAAUUUUUUUAAUUUGUAACACUUAUUAAGCCAAAGUCUUUGUACCCAAUACAAUUGGAAGGAAGGAGAGAGGAAUACUUUAUACAUUUCUCAACCCAAAUAAUUUGUUGAGCGCCAGUCCCUUCUAAGGACAUUUUCUUAUAAAAAGAAAAUUAGAGAAUUAACAAAAUUAAGUAUAAUUUUAAGGAAACAAGACCAUUGAUUUCCCAAAAUUUAGAAUUCAAAAAUUAAUAGCGAAAACAAGUACCUAGAUUCCCGAGAAACAAGACCAUUGAUUCUCAAACAAUCGUCACUUAA